AUGUUUACUCGUGGAGACAAGACUGAGCCUCAGAGGCUGGCGGGAGAGACUGCGGUGCUGACGGCUUUCAGGACCCUGUCUGAUGAAGAGCACUAUCUCACAGGGGUCAGUGAUCAAAAUGCCCUGGAUGUUAUCAAUGAUGUGAGGGGUAUGAGUGUGGCCACCUUACUUUCAGAGGCCACCUUACUUUAUACUGAGGACAGGAUUGAAUCAUGGGAGAAUGAGUCCAGUAGCGUUGUGACCUCUCCUCCUAACCCAGGCCAGGUGUCUGUGUCCACGGCCGACCCAGGUCUGGUCCAGGUCACUAUGGUGGAGAUCUGUAGCGACACAGAGAUGGAAGAUGAGGAGGGGAUCAGCAGCCUCAGCCAAUCGGACAAGCAUGCCGCCCCUGUAAUGUCCUUCCCACCUGACGAUGACCAGUGGACAGUGGCAGUGGGCGAUGAUAACAAGGGUCAGCUGCCACCCGCUGGCCCAGUGAGAGGUGCCAUUGAGACAGACAUAAAGCUGCCUGUGUUUAAGCCACACAGUCUUGUGGAAAGAUCCCUCAAAGACACCUCUGUUCUAUACUCUGCGAGGUUUAUGGGCAGAUCUAACAGUGGGACGGAUCUUGGACCGCUCUCCUCUGUCUCCAAACCAGAAGUGCCUAGAGAUGGCACAGACACUGAUCCCAGGCCUGUGGAGGUGGGUGUGGAUGCAGCAGCCAUGGGUGCCAAGGGGUUCAGCCAUCAUCACCACAAAGUAGCCAAAGGCGUCAGCAUCAGCCAGGAGGUAUUGGGCCUUACUGACAUGUGUGCUGGAGACAACGCUGCAGUGGCUUCACCUCUUAACUUGUCUCUCACCUCUGAACCCCAGACAUCAGAGGCAGCAGCAGAUGACACUGCCUUGCAGUCAGGACAGCCAGAGGACCAAGAUUCUGGACAGAGGAAGGAGAUGUUGGGGGAAAACACUGGAACUGAGGAGCAUACAGAGCAUGUCCCCUGCCAGGAAUCCCCCUCCGCCCUCUCUGAGUCAAGGCCACCUGAAGCAGUAGAAACAUCUUCCCCUAGCCUGGAGAAGCAGCCUGACACUGAAGUGACAAAAGGUAUUUUAGGGACUGGUCUGGCCGUGUCGCGUGUUCCUGGAGAGUCCCCAACUGACAGCCAGCCAAGUGCCACUCCUGUCUCUGUCUCGCCCAGGGGCCAAGGUGACAUGCCUGCCACAAGGAGGCCCGACACAGACUUGCCCUCCUCCUCACCCUCCAGGGGCACAGCCUCCUCCCAGGCCCCCUCCUUCCAGCUGCCUGCCCUGUUCAGUGGACUGCGGGUUCUGAAGAAAGGGGCUGUGGGGGAGGAGAGGGAGACAGUGUCUGAGAUCAAACAGAGAGACGCUGAUCUGGCCCUACUGAGACUGAAGAAGACCGUCAACAAAGCCAAUAACUUCCCUGAGCAGAUCACCUCCAGUAGCAGCACCCCCAAGAAAUGGCCCGAGCCCAAACCUGUGUCUGAGACCAAGAGUAAUCUCCUGGGGCAGCUCAGCCAGCUGCUCAACCUAGACGGGACCAAGGCAGAGGACAAGCCGGACCCACUGCUAGAGCUCAGAGACAGGGAGCCUGAGAGGGGGGAGGAGGGGGCGACAGAUAAGGUUCCAGAGCCCAUCCCCACCAACCCACCAGCAGACAGCAGGAAUGCCUCAGACACAACAUUCGACACCUUUAAGAGUCUCUUCAGCUCCAAACCUGCUAAAAGGGAUACAGCGGAUCCUGUGGAUUUAGAGGCUGUCAAGAAAAAAAACAAAAGUGAGAAGGACCUGCUGAAAUCCAUCUUUGAGAGAACCUCCAAGUCUCCCAGCAGUGAGCAAAAAGGUCCAGCGGAGUCUAAAGUAUGUACUGUGUGUGUCUAACGCAAAGGUUUAUUCCUUCUGUAUUUUAUAGAACCCUAUUUAUUGUUCGUUUUUUCUCAGAUCAUCAAGGUUUUCAAAUGUAUGAAUGUAGAGCCAUUUUAAGUAUAUGCUGUAUUUUGUUGUGCACCUGCAAGGCAGACAGGACAGUAGGGUAUUAGAUUUGGUCAUGAUCUUGAUUUGAGAUGGUCUUAUGUCUUAUCACCUGUUGACUUUUCAGUUAGAUUGCAGAUACUCUUAUCUUGGGCACCAACUGUGUUGUAAGUCUGUAUGUUCUGUGUUAAUUGAGGUAUGAUCUGCUGUCUUUCCUCCCAGUCUGAGGUCACCUCCCCUACAGACAGUGAAGACCGGACCCCCAGGCGGCUCCAGGCCAUCUGGCCCCCGCCCAAGCUCAAGGAUGAGGAGGAGAAGGUGGGGCUCAGAUACACCGAGGCAGGUAAGGGCUGGCACCAUCCUGGAGCUCUCCACUUACUCUACACCACAUCUACAGUAUCAUACAAUGUCCUGUUAAUAAAUGCCUGUAUGCUGUUGUAUGCCUAUACUAAUUCUCACAAGACAAGAUAGGCUUAACAAAAAUAAACUGAGUACCUCCACCCUGCUUUAUCCAGGUCAGGCGCUCUCCUUACUUAAUCGGUCUAGUUAGUCUAAUUGAGAGGUGACACAAACAUGUAGUGCAGCCCUGCUGGUAUCUACAGAGCCAGCUAAUCCCAGAGACAGGGUGUAACAUGUCUCUUAAAUCCAUUUAAAGCAGGAAUGCACUGAAACCUUCCCCCCACAGUAAUGCUGCUGUCUGUUGAGAUGUCUGGUAGAAUCACACAGUAUAGUGGAGCUUUGGGAGGUAGUUUGGGGAUAGGCUGUGGCUGGGCAGCCUGCCAUUCUCUCAGCCUGGCUGUCCUUUCUCUGUCUCCCUGUAACACUCUGGCUCCACGGACCUUUAUUCUUGAGCCAGGGUUGUUCAUGUUCAUUUGUUUUGGGUGUAUUUCUAUGUUGGGGUGUCUAGGUUGUGGUAUUUCUAUGUUGGGUGUUUGUAUUCAUUGACUCCCAAUCGGAGGUAACGAGUGUCAGCUGUUCGGCUCGUUAUCUCUGAUUGGGAGCCAUAUUUAGGCUGUAUGUUGUCCUGUGGGGUUUGUGGGUUUUUGUUUCCGUGUUGCUGCUGUCUGUAUCAGUAGUGGAACUUCACGUAUCGUAUUUUGUUGUUUUCUCGUGUUGCACUUUAAUUAAAUAAAGUCAUCAUGUUUCUCGGAACACGCGCUGCGCUUUGGUCUCAUCAUUCACACGAUCGUGACAGAAAAACCCACCAUACCAGGACCAAGCAGCGUGUCCAGGAGCCGAGGGUCUGGACAUGGGAGGAGUUAUUGGACGGAGAGGAUCCUUGGGCACAACCGGAGGAGUAUCACCGCCCUCGGGAAGAGCUGGAGGCAGCCAAAGCCGAGAGGAGGUGGUACGAGGAGGCAGCGCGAAGGCGAGGCUGGAAGCCCGUGGAAGAGAGGCAACCCCAAAAAGUUUUUGGGGGGGGGCACAUGGCUUGGGUGGCUGGGCAGCAGGAAGCUGCCACAGGGAGUAUAGGUGAGAGGGCUAACGGAGUACGGGAGCCAUUGGCGAGAAGAGGCAGGGAUGUGUGUGUGGCACGGCGUGAAGGACUGAGGUGUGUUGCCAGUCCGGUCCGGCCCGUUCCUGAUCCUCGGUUGAGGCCAGUGGUGUGUGUUCCCGGUAUGGACCGGCCUGUUCCUACUCCACGCACCAGGGAUACGGUGCGCUUCGCCAGCCCGGCCCGGCCUGUUCCGGCCACUCGCACCAGGGAUACGGUGUGCGUCGCCAGCUCAGCCCUGCCUGUUCCUACUCCACGCACCAGGGAGACGGUGCGCUUCGCCAGCCCAGCCCGGCCUGUUCCUACUCCACGCACCAGGGAUACGGUGCGCUUCGCCAGCCCGGCCCGGCCUGUUCCGGCCACUCGCACCAGGGAUACGGUGUGCGUCGCCAGCCCAGCCCGGCCUGUUCCUGCUCUCCGCACUAGGCGUGAGGUGAGUCCCCAGGGUCCAGCAUGCCCUGUUCCGGCUCCCCGCACUAGGCGUUAUGGGAGUCCCCAGGGUCCAGCAUGCCCUGUUCCGACUCUCCGCACUAGCCCUGAGAUGCGUGUCCUCAGCCCGGUACCUCCAGUUCCGGCACCACGCAUCAGGCCUACGGUGCGUCCCCAGGGCCAAGCAUGCCCUGUUGCUUCUCCCCGCACUAGCCCUGUGAUGCGUGUCCUCAGCCCGGUACCUCCAGUUCCGGCACCACGCAACAGGCCUACGGUGCGCCUCAGAGGGCCUGAACUGUCCGUCUGCCCAACGGGGCCUGAACUGUCCGUCUGCCCAACGCCGUCUGAACUGCCCGUCUGCCCAACGCCGUCUGAACUGCCCGUCUGCCCAACGCCGUCUGAACUGCCCGUCUGCCCAACGCCGUCUGAACUGCCCGUCUGCCCAACGGCGCCUGAACUGCCUGUCGGCCCAACGCCGUCUGAACUGUCCGUCUGCCCAACGCCGUCUGAACUACCCGUCUGUACAGAGCCUACAAAGCCGCCCGUCUGCCAUGAGCCUUCAGCGCCGUCCGCCAGAUCGGAGCCGCUAGAGCUCUCCGCCAGACAGGAUCAGCCAGAGCCUUCCGCCAGACAGGAUCAGCCAGAGCCUUCCGCCAGACAGGAUCAGCCAGAGCCUUCCGCCAGACAGGAUCAGCCAGAGCCUUCCGCCAGACAGGAGCAGCCAGAGCCUUCCGUCAGACCGGAGCAGCCAGAGCCUUCCGUCAGACCGGAUCAGCAAGAGCCUUCCGCCAGACCGGAUCAGCCAGAGCCUUCCGCCAGACAGGAUCAGCCAGAGCCUUCGGCCAGACAGGAUCAGCCAGAUCCGUCGGCCAGCCAUGAGCAGCCAGAUCCUUCGGCCAGCCAUGAGCAGCCAGAUCCUUCAGCCAGCAAUGAGCCGUUCAGCCAGGAUCCGCCUGAGCCAGCCAGCCAGGAUCCGCCAUUCAGUCCGGAGCUGCCCCUCAGUCCGGUGCUGCCACUUAGUCAGGUACUGUUCCUUAGCCUGGUGCUGGUCCUUAUCCCGGUGCUGGUCCUUAGCCCGGUGCUGCCCCUUAGCCCGGUGCUGCCCCUUAGCCCGGUGCUGUCCCUUAUCCCGGUGCUGGUCCGUAGUCCGGUGUUGCCCCUUAGUCCGGUGCCGCCCCUUAACCCAGUGGGGUGUAGUGGGGGGGUGGUAAUGUGUAGGAGGCUAAGUAAGUGGGUAAUGACUAUGGUGGGGUGGGGACCACGACCUGGGCCAGAGCCGCCACCUGGACAGACGCCCACCCAGACCCUCCCCUAGACUGUUUGCUGGUGCGCCCGGAGGUCGCACCUUUAGGGGGGGGUAAUGUAACACUCUGGCUCCACGGACCUUUAUUCUUGAGCAGGGUGUCAUGUUCAUUUGUUUUGGGUGAUUUCAGUUGGGGGUCUAGUUGUAUUUCUAUGUGGGUGUUAUCAUUGACUCCGAAUCGAGUAAGAUUGUCAGCUUUCGCUCGUUAUCUCUGAUGGGAGCCAUAUUAGGCUGAUGUGUCCUGUGGGGUUUGUUUGUUUCGGUUGUGCUGUCGUACAGUAGUGGAACUUCACGUAUGUAUUUUGUUGUUUCUGUGUCACUUAUUAAUAAAUCAUGUUCUCGGAAAGCGCUGCCUUGGGCAUCAUUCACAGAUCUGACCUCCCUUUGAAGAAGAAUACUAACACAAAUAGGGUAAAGGCACACAGGACUCUAAAUAGGCUGAUCUAAUUACAUUACAGGGCGAAGUUCAUUUAUGUGUGAAACACACCCAUGCUGUUUCACACAGCACACACACACACAACAACACACACACCAUUACCAUUAACCAUUAGCUCUCAUGCUUUCACUCUCUCAGAAUAUUAGCCUUGGAACAGCAUUGGUGGUUUGUUCAAAUUGCUUGUGUAACCCUAAUUAUUUAACUUAUUUAUUUAUCGUUUACCCCGAAGUGCUCGAUGAUAAAGAGUCUGGUUACAAUCAAGUUAUUUUCUAUAGUUUAAUCCUUCCAAGUAGCAGCAACACAAACUUUCGUGGCACAACAGGUUACAUCUUCACUUAUCUGUCACACAACAUCUCUCAUGGGAAUUCCUCCUCACAUGCAGGUGAGUCUGGGAAGAAUAUUUUCAGAAUAAGAGUCCCAACAUAAAAAUGUAUGGCAAUGCCAUAAUAAAAGUCUCAGAUACACAUUACAUAUUUCUGAUUAUAUACUGAACAAAAAUAUAAAUGCAACAUGCAACAAUUUCAAAGAUUUUACUGAGUUACAGUUCAUAUAAGGACAUCUGUCAAUUGAAAUAAAUUCAUUAAGCCCUAAUUUAUGGAUUUCACAUGACUGGGAGUACAGACAUAUACAGUGGGGAGAACAAGUAUUUGAUACACUGCCGAUUUUGCAGGUUUUCCUACUUACAAAGCAUGUAGAGGUCUGUAAUUUUGAUCAUAGGUACACUUCAACUGUGAGAGACGGAAUCUAAAACAGAAAUCCAGAAAAUCACAUUGUAUGAUUUUUAAGUAAUUAAUUUGCAUUUUAUUGCAUGACAUAAGUAUUUGAUCACCUACCAACCAGUAAGAAUUCCGGCUCUCACAGACCUGUUAGUUUUUCAUUAAGAAGCCCUCCUGUUCUCCACUCAUUACCUGUAUUAACUGCACCUGUUUGAACUCGUUACCUGUAUAAAAGACACCUGUCCACACACUCAAUCAAACAGACUCCAACCUCUCCACAAUGGCCAAGACCAGAGAGCUGUGUAAGGACAUCAGGGAUAAAAUUGUAGACCUGCACAAGGCUGGGAUGGGCUACAGGACAAUAGGCAAGCAGCCUGGUGAGAAGGCAACAACUGUUGGCGCAAUUAUUAGAAAAUGGAAGAAGUUCAAGAUGACGGUCAAUCACCCUCGGUCUGGGGCUCCAUGCAAGUUCUCACCUCGUGGGGCAUCAAUGUUCAUGAGGAAGGUGAGGGAUCAGCCCAGAACUACACGGCAGGACCUGGUCAAUGACCUGAAGAGAGCUGGGACCACAGUCUCAAAGAAAACCAUUAGUAACACACUACGCCGUCAUGGAUUAAAAUCCUGCAGCGCACGCAAGGUCCCCCUGCUCAAGCCAGCGCAUGUCCAGGCCCAUCUGAAGUUUGCCAAUGACCAUCUGGAUGAUCCAGAGGAGGAAUGGGAGAAGGUCAUGUGGUCUGAUGAGACAAAAAUAGAGCUUUUUGGUCUAAACUCCACUCGCCGUGUUUGGAAGAAGAAGAAGGAUGAGUACAACCCCAAGAACACCAUCCCAACCGUGAAGCAUGGAGAUGGAAACAUCAUUCUUUGGGGAUGCUUUUCUGCAAAGGGGACAAGACGACUGCUCCGUAUUGAGGGGAGGAUGGAUGGGGCCAUGUAUCGCGAGAUCUUGGCCAACAACCUCCUUCCCUCAGUAAGAGCAUUGAAGAUGGGUCGUGGCUGGGUCUUCCAGCAUGACAAUGACCCGAAACACACAGCUAGGGCAACGAAGGAGUGGCUCCGUAAGAAGCAUCUCAAGGUCCUGGAGUGGCCUAGCCAGUCUCCAGACCUGAACCCAAUAGAAAAUCUUUGGAGGGAGCUGAAAGUCCAUAUUGCCCAGCGACAGCCCCGAAACCUGAAGGAUCUGGAGAAGGUCUGUAUGGAGGAGUGGGCCAAAAUCCCUGCUGCAGUGUGUGCAAACCUGGUCAAGACCUACAGGAAACGUAUGAUCUCUGUAAAUGCAAACAAAGGUUUCUGUACCAAAUAUUAAGUUCUGCUUUUCUGAUGUAUCAAAUACUUAUGUCAUGCAAUAGAAUGCAAAUUAAUUACUUAAAAAUCAUACAAUGUGAUUUUCUGGAUUUCUGUUUUAGAUUCCGUCUCUCACAGUUGAAGUGUACCUAUGAUAAAAAUUACAGACCUCUACAUGCUUUGUAAGUAGGAAAACCUGCAAAAUCGGCAGUGUAUCAAAUACAUGUUCUUCCCACUGUAUAUAUUUUGAAGUAGGGGCUUGGAUCAGAAAACCGUUCAGUAUCUAGUGUGACCACCAUUUGCCUCAUGCAGCGCGACACAUCUCCUUCUCAUAGAGUUCAUCAGGCUGUUGAUUGUGGCCUGUGGAAUGUUGUUCCACUCCUCUUCAAUGGCUGUGCGAAGUUGCUGAAUGUUCACGGGAACUGGAACACGCUGUCGUACACGUCGACCCAAAGCAUCCCUAACAUGCACAAUGGAUGACAUGUCUGGUGAAUAUGCAGGCCAUGGAAGAACUGGGACAUUUCAGCUUCCAGGAAUUGUGUACAGAUCCUUGCAACAUGGGGCCGUGCAUUAUCAUGCUGAAACAUGAGGUGAUGGCAGCGGAUGAAUGGCAUGACAAUGGGCCUCAGGAUCUCAUCACAGUAUCUCUGUGCAUUUAAAUUGCUAUCGAUAAAAUGCAAUUGUGUUCGUUGUCCGUAGCUUAUGCCAGUCCGUACCAUAGCCCCACAGCCACCAUGGGGCACUCUGUUCACAAUGUUGACAUCAGCAAACCACUCGCCCACACGACGCCAUCUGCCCGAUAUAGUUGAAACCGGGAUUCAUCCAUGAAGAGCACACUUCUCCAGCGUGCCAGUGGCCAUCGAAGGUGAGCAUUUGCCCACUGAAGUCAGUUACGAAGCCCUGGUGAGAACGACGAGCUCUCAGAUGAGCUGCCCUGAGACGGUGGCUGACAGUUUGUGCAGAAAUUCUUCGGUUGUGCAAACCCACAGUUUCAUCAGCUGUCCGGGUGGCUGGUCUCAGACGAUCCCGCAGGCGAAGAAGCCGGAUGUGGAGGUCCUGGGCUGGUGUUGUUACACGUGGUCUGCGCUUGUGAGGCCGGUUGGACGUACUGCCAAAUUCUCUAAAACGACGUUGGUAGAGAAAUAAACAUUACAUUCUCUGGCAACAGCUCUGGUGGACAUUCCUGCAGUCAGCAUUCCAAUUUUGCACGCUCCCUCAAAACUUCAGACAUCUGUGGCAUUGUGUUGUGUGACAAAACUGCACAUUUUAGAGUGGCCCUUUAUUGUCCCCAGCAGAAGGUGCACCUGUGUAAUGAUCAUGCUGUGUAAUCAGCAUCUUGAUAUGCCACACCUGUCAGGUCAAUGUAUUAUCUUGGCAAAGGAGAAAUGCUCACUAACAUGGAUCUAAACAGAUUUGUGUAAGAAAUGUGAAAUAAAUAAUAUUUUUGUGCAUGUGGAAAGUUUCUGGGAUCUUUUAUUUAAUUUCAUGAAAUAUGGGACCAACACUUUACAUGUUGCAUUUAAGUUUUUUUUUAGUAUCAAAUAUAUAUUUCUUAUUCCAAAGCCAUGGCUGCACUUGCAUACUUUAAACCACCAGACAAGCAUACUGUGAUAUCCCCUCUAAAACAGAUUGCUUAGCUCAAAUAGCUUUACUGCUGAGUUUGCUAACUUGUUCAUACUGCCAGAAGCUCUUUAUAUAGUUCAUUGCACAAUUACCUGAAAAAAAAAGAAAAGAAAGUGAUGUGGUUAUCGAAGACAUUCUUAUUCUCACAUACACGUGAGUGUACAAAACAUUAAGAGAGAAUACAUUCAAGUGCCUUUGAACGGGGGAUGGUAGUAGGUGCCAGGUGCACCGGUUUGUGUCAAGAACUGCAAUGCUGCUGGGUUUUCACGCUCAACAGUUUCCCAUGUGUAUCAAGAAUGGUCCAUCACCCAAAAGACAUCCAGCCAACUUGACACAACUGUGGGAAGCACAGGGGUCAACAUGGGCCAGCAUCCCUGUGUAACAGUUUCGACAUCUUGUAAAGUCCAUGCCCCGAUGAAUUGAGUCUGUUCUCAGGGCAAAAAGGGGGGUGCAACUCAAUAUUAGGAAGAUGUUCUUAAUGUUUUGUACACUCAGUGUAUGUUGGCCUUAUAGAAUAUAUAAUACUAUAGUUUACUGUGGGAUGAUGAGGCAACGUAUUCAAAUUAUUUCACAGUACGAGCAAGGACAUUAAAAACAUGUUGGUUUAGUUUCCUAAAUAGGCUCUUUUACUGGCAUAGCUGUAACUGAUCAACCCUACAGUAACUGUUGUCAGAUGUCUCUUUUGUUCCUCCACAUCAGCCUAAUAAAAUAUGGAAGCGGAGAGGAUCAUGUUUCACUGCCAUAUUAUUUAUCCCUGCAAUCACAGGUUAAUCUUGUGAGCAUUUCACUAUUGUACUAGUUAAUGUAUGAUCACAGAGUAAAGUAUCUCAUGAAUGACCAGUAAAGUUGGUUGCUAUUGAAAGUAUCAUCUCUAGUGGACAUUGAAACAAUCCUUCAAACUAAUGUGACAUUUGAGAUGGUCUUAUGCUGUGUAAUUGUAUGUAGAAAUAUGAAUGACAUGAUGAUGUCCUACAGUAAGUGUCUGUCUCUUUUCCCUUCCAGAGCACCAGGCUGCCCUCUUACAGCUGAAGAGAGAAUGCAAAGAGGAGGUGGAGAAAGUACAUGUAAGUUAACCUCCUUGUUUGAAACAGUUCACUACAUAUCAUUCCUACUGGUUUCAGCGCUGGGGUUUGUUUCAAUCAAGAGAGAGAGGUCCGCAAAUGCAGUCACCUCACCAUGUCCUCCUGGAAUGUAAUAACAAAGUAACUGAUAGUUAGUGAACCCAGGGAACUGCAGUUUUCUUCAGAGGCACUAGAUGUCACCAAUCAACCACAGAAGCAAAGCCAACCUGUGUCUUUAGUAACUGGACUUUCCACGCUUGAUGUCUGAGCUUGUCUCGAUGUCCCAUAGUGUAGUUAGACACAUCUCUUCAUCACCAUAGAACAGCCUUUAGUUUCUAUCUAAAUGUUAUUGGCCUCAUCUGUUGGGCUUAGUUAAAACUUUAUGUCAAAGGGGGUCUGGUGUCGUCUUUUGACUCCUUCAAAUGGUAAUUUCAACCAAAGCAUCUCAGUAAUUGACACACCUCUAUGGCAUAGCACUGUUGUCAGUCCCAAGGUUUUGUCAGCACAGAAAUGAUCAAAUGUGUUUGACUCUGUUUGAAUGAUAGUGCUCACCUCCAGUAGGACAGACCACAUUCACAUUUGAUGUGAGGUCAGCAUUGAUUGGGGAAGCGGUGAUGUCCUGCUAGUUCCUCAUAUGAAAGAAGAUCACCAUUUACAACCUGGAUGCUGGAUGCACCCAGAGAUCUAAUUUACUGAACUGUCUCUCUCCAACUGGAAAUGUCUCCAUUAUUUCUUGUAAGAUCUAGUUCUGAGUUCCACUUUGUUGCUGAAGCACUAUAAUGCAUUGUUUGUUCAACUGAGCCACCAGUGCCAAGGUGGUGCAAUUGAAAGCAGUAUUUCAAAUAGUUUCUCACAGAUCUCAGAGGAGUAGUCAAAUGUAUUGGUUAUGAUUUCUCUGUCUUCCAUGAACAGCCUGAGAUUAAUAAGAGUACAAGUCAAAACAUGCCAGAUAAUAGAGCAGACUUAACCUUAUUUAUGGAACGAUUUCUUUGAAGAACAAGCUUAUUGGAGCAAAGUGUCUCUGGAAAGUGUGUCUGAAAAUUACUAUUAUUACAGCAGUGCUGAUUCAGCACAUAUAGGUUACUCUGUCUUCCUCUGUGUGUUACCCUGUCAUUUGUCCCUGAUCCCUUGCAUUAGGCCAUGAUAUUGACACUCAUAAACAUGUAGUUAAACCAUGAGAGACGAUAGAAACGUGCCUAAUACAUUUUCUUCAUUAUUAUCUGCUCUUCAUUAUGUUGUCAGUUAUUGUACUUUUCUGUUGGGAUUAAAGAUUGGAAUGAAAAUGAGUGGGCAUGAUGUUAGAAAUUACUACAUUUCAUCUCAUGAAGGUCAUGAUGAACAUUUUCCUCACAUGCUCUCAUUGAGUCACCCAGUGGUCUUUUUGGAGCCCCACAGUAUGUGAUUCUGUUUCAUAUGGCUGAGGGGGAUGUUUCUGACUGAUCUAUGUGCUCCUGCUCAACACAGGCAGAGUUUGAACUCCAGAUCUUCCAGGUGCGUAUGGAGCAUGCUGUCUCCAUGUCCCAUCUGGAGGGAGUCAUCGGCAAGAUGCAGACAGACUGUCACCAGGCCUUCAGCCUGGGACACGAGAGGGGCGAGCUCCGUGAGGCCUGCGUGUCCACCGAGGACGACCUGCCUCCCAAAACAUUUCGUAAUGUCUGCAUCCAGACAGACAGGGAGACCUUCCUCAGGACGCCCGAGGGUGAGGCCAGCCGGCCCGGUCUCGGCCCCAGUCAGAACAUGCCUAAGAAACUCAAUCUGGACUCCAUCAACCUGAGUCUGCAUGGAGGAGCCUCAGGACUCCCCGGCCAACCUCCCCCACCCCCUCCCCCUCCUCCCCUUCCUCCCCUCCCUGGCCAAUCAGGACCGCCUCCACCUCCUCCUCCGCCUCCCCCUCCCCCGUUACCUGGCAACAUGGGGCCACCGCCUCCACCCCCCCUCCCAGGUUUUAGUCCCCCUCCCCCCCCUCCGGGGUUACCUGGAGCUGGCCCUCCCCUUCCUCCCCCUCCACCUGGGUGCGGCCCACCCCUUCCUCCUGGGGGUGGAUUUGGGUUUGGGUUCGGCCAGGCAGCGGAGAAGGCCCCAAGGAAACCUGCGUUGGAACCUGCUACUCCCAUGAAGCCUCUAUACUGGACCAGGAUACAGAUCCAGGACAAUAAGUAUGUACUCCUUCUAUAGCCCAUUCACAACUUUUAUCAUUAUCCCUGUCUCCCCAGUGUGUCACUUCCAUCAGGUACAGAGACACUCUCAUUCAGUAAACCAUCAGGCUGGGUUGACCUCCCCUGCACCAGUACUCUGGAUGAGGACAGGUGCCCCAGUGAGAUGCAGUAGAUUAUUCAGCUCAUUUCCAGUGGCUGUGGUUUGUACUGCUGGAUACCAGGCUCCCAGCUUUAUGGCCUUGUAUUUCUAAGGCUGGAUUAGUAGAGGAAGUUGACUUGUGGUUCACACUCUCUGGUCCUGGCCAAUGGUGGAGGGUCGAGUGGGCCACAGCGGUUUCAUGUCUGCUAUAAAGUUUACAGGAGAACGGAAUUAACCAGGACUCUUAACUGUAACAACUUUUUGGGCUAAUGGACAUUAUGAGGGGAAAUACAGUACACUUUGAAAUAAUGCCAGGUCAACGAACAAAUGUCAAGAUACACACAAUUUUACUGUGUAUACAGAGCAGGCUUUAUGAGGAACCUGUAAUAGGGAAGGAAUAGUUAACACUAGUGUUUCCCCUAGGAUUUCUUUCAGCAGAUGUGGCAGAUUUAGCAGGGGAUUAAUGGAGUCUUCCUGCAGGGGGGGUGACAUUUACAUUUACAUUUUAGUCAUUUAGCAGACGCUCUUAUCCAGAGUGACUUACAGUUAGUGAGUGCAUACAUUUUUCAUACUGGCCCCCCGUGGGAAACGAACCCACAACCCUGGCGUUGCAAGCGCCAUGCUCUACCAACUGAGCUACAGGGUUACAUCUUCCUGGGGCAUGCAUCUAUACAUCUACGGUUUGCCGCUGCUAAAUGCAUAUAGGGGAAAUGCAUACAUGACAUAUAGGGGAAUUGCAUACAUGACAUAGGAGAAUUGCAUACAUGACAUAUAGGGGAAAUGCAUACAUGACAUAUAGGGGAAAUGCAUACAUGACAUAUAGGGGAAUUGCAUACAUGACAUAUAGAGGAAUUGCAUACAUGACAUAUAGGGGAAAUGCAUAAAUGACAAUACAGGCAUGGUCCGGUCAUUUAUAAAUGUUGUCUACCUUGGAAUUACAAAGGCUUUGUGAAGUUUAUGUAGAUUUACUUUCCCAACAUUUUCCAACAAUGUUUCCUCCACUGCAGCAUGCUGGACUCAGUCAGAGCCCAUUGCGUGGAGUUAUUUGAGUUGGUCCCUAUGAAGGCAGUAUGAAAUGAAAGGGUGGAUUUUCAGGAGUAUCAUUAUGUUCUUGGUUAAAGCCUCUUCUGGGCUGUCCCAGACAGAUACUUUCACUAUUGCUGUGGGAAGCCAAUAGCAAAUAGGACCCAAUUGCACUCACGUCACCCUAAUUGAGUCUCUGGCUAUGUGGUUGAUUGCUGUGGUAUUUCAGCCAUGACUAGCCAGCCAACCUUUUAGAAUGUUUGUUGAGUUCACUUCAUCUCCACAGUUAUAAAAUGUCUCCUCUCUGGAGGAACAGCCCGGGCCGGCCAAACCCUGACGUAAUGACUGGACAGUAGAAAGAAACUCAUGAAACCAAACACAUUUAAGGCAUAUCUAAAGUAUAUACAGUAUGGAUACAGUGCUUUAACCUACAGUUGAAGUGGGAAGUUUACAUAAACUUAGGUUGGAGUCAUUAAAACUAGUUUUUCAACCACUCAACAUAUUUCUUGUUAACAAACUAUAGUUUUGGCAAGUCGGUUAGGACAUCUACUUUGUGCAUGACACAAGUAAUUUUUCCAACAAUUGUUUACAGACAGAUUAUUUCACUUAUAAUUCACUGUAUCACAAUUCCAGUGGGUCAGAAGUUUACAUGCACUAAGUUGACUGUGCCUUUAAACAGCUUGGGAAAUUACAGAAAAUGAUGUCAUGGCUUUAGAAGCUUCUGAUAGGCUAAUUGACAUCAUUUGAGUCAAUUGGAGGUGUACCUGUGGAUGUAUUUCAAGGCCUACCUUCAAACUCAGUGCCUCUUUGCUUGACAUCAUGGGAAAAUCAAAAGAAAUCAGCCAAUACCUCAGAAAAAUUAUUGUAGACCUCCACAAGUCUGUUUCAUCCUUGCGAGCAAUUUCCAAACGCCUGAAGGUACCACGUUCAUCUGUACAAACAAUAGUACACAAGUAUAAACGCCAUGGGACCACGCAGCCAUCAUACGGCUCAGGAAGGAGACGCGUUCUGUCUCCUAGAGAUGAACGUACUUUGGUGCGAAAAGUGCAAAUCAAUCCCAGAACAACAGCAAUGGACCUUGUGAAGAUGCUGGAGGAAACAUGUACAAAAGUAUCUAUAUCCACAGUAAAACUAGUCCUAUAUCGACAUAACCUGAAAGGCCGCUGAGCAAGGAAGAAGCCACUGCUCCAAAACCGCCAUAAAAAAGCCAGACUACGGUUUGCAACUGCACAUGGGGACAAAGAUCGAACUUUUUGGAGAAAUGUCCUCUGGUCUGAUGAAACAAAAAUAGAACAGUUUGGUCAUAAUGACCAUCGUUAUGUUUGGAGGAAAAAGGGGGGUGCUUGCAAGCCGAAGAACACCAUCCCAAUCGUGAAGCACGGGGGUGGCAGCAUCAUGCUGUGGGGGUGCUUUGCUGCAGGAGGGACUGGUGCACUUCACAAAAUAGAUGGCAUCAUGAGGAAGGAAAAUUAUGUGGAUAUAUUGAAGCAACAUCUAUAGACAUCAGUAAGGAAGUUAAAGCUUGAUCGCAAAUGGGUCUUCCAAAUGAACAAUGACCCCAAGCAUACUUCCAAAGUUGUAGCAAAAUGGCUUAAGGACAACAAAGUCAAGGUAUUGGAGUGGCCAUUACAAAGCCCUGACCUCAAUCCUAUAGAACAUUUGUGGGCAGAACUGAAAAAGCGUGUGAGAGCAAGGAGGCCUACAAACGUGACUCAGUUACACCAGCUCUGUUGGGAGGAAUGGGACAAAAUUCACCCAACUUAUUGUGGGAAGCUUGUGGAAGGCUACCCGAAACAUUUGACCCAAGUUAAACAAUUUAAAGGCAAUGCUACCAAAUACUAAUUGAGUGUAUGUAAACUUCUGACCCACUGGGAAUGUGAUGUAGUAAAUAAAACCUGAAAUAAAUUAUUCUCAGCACUAUUAUUCUGACAUUUCACAUUCUUAAAAUGAAGUGGUGAUCCUAACUGACCUAAGACAGGGAAUUUUUACUAGGAUUAAAAGUCAGGAAUUGUGAAAAACUGAGUUUAAAUGUAUUUGGCUAAGGUGUAUGUAAACUUCCGACUUCAACUGUACAUCUACAGAAGCAGUGUAAAAAAGUGUCAAACAGUAGGCCUUUUACAUUUUACAAAGGGAUCCUGUAUAGAAAGUUGCUAAAUCAUGCAACAUUACACAGUAGUAUCAGUAGAUAAACUCUAAUUUGAAAGUCAACAUGACAUGUGUUAUACACUGAGUAUACAAACAUUAAUAACACCUGCUCUUUCCAUGACAUAGACUGACCAGGUGAAUCCAGGUGAAUGCUAUGAUCCCUUAUUCAUGUCACUUAAAUCAGUGUAGAUUAAGGGGAGGGGACAGGUUAAAGAUAGAUUUUUAAGCCUUGAGACAAUUGAGAUAUGGAUUGUGUAUGUGUGCCAUUCAGAGGGUGAAUGGGCAAGACAAAAUAUGUAAGUGCCUUUGAACGGGGUGUGGUAGUAGGUGCCAGGCGCACCGGUUUGUGUCAAGAACUGCAACGCUGCUGGGUCUUUCACGCUCAACAGUUUCCCGUGUGUAUCAAGAACGGUCCACCACCCAAAGGACAUCCAGCCAACUUGACACAACUGUGUGAAGCAUUGGAGUCAACAUGGGCCAGCAUCCCUGUGGAACGCUUUCGACACGUUGUAAAGUCCAUGCCCCGACGAAUUGAGGCUGUUCUGAGGGCAAAAGGGGGGGUGUAACUCAAUAUUAGGAAGGUGUUCCUAAUGUUUGGUAUACUCAGUGUACAUACAGUAAGUCUGCCUCACAUGGGUGGGUCCUGAUGAACCUCUCAGUAAACCUGCAGCCUGUGAAGCUGCCUGACCUGGCCUAUAUACAGGCUGAGUUAUGGCUGACUUCAUCUUCCUCUCCCUGCGUUAUCAGAGACUAGGAGGCUGGAUCACUAAUCAUGCAGAGUCUAAGGCUACCACACUGUCUGACACAGGGGAUAGUUGUCUUCUGUGAGUUAAAAGAGGAAUGGAAAGUAAAGGUAGCAGAGCAGGGCUGAACUCUGGGAGACUCCUGUACAGAGACAUCUUCAGACUCCCUCUCUGUUUGCUUUCAGUGUUACCCAGCAACAGAGGAAACAGAAUACCUCCUAUCUUCCUGGUAGUUUAUUUGAAAUGCUCCUUUCGUGCUGAAAUCUCACAUCUCAAACUCAGGGACACUUAAGUCACAUGAUUUUCGGAAGCCUCAGUCAUAAAUGUCACAUUAUUAAAAAGUGUAAAUUCAUAUCGGUUUUCUCUGCAUUCUGCAAAUUCUCACUCCAGCAAACGUCUGCUAUAAAUCAAAAGAUGGAAGUAAACACUGGACAGCCCAAGUAAACAUCAAAUAAACUGCUUCAUAUCUGUUUAUCUCUAGCACAGGACAAUUUGUACUGAGCAGUCCACUAGCUAUUCUACUUUUCCCAAGAAGUCAGCUCUGUAACACACUCUUCUGUCAUCACAGUAACACUGUCAUUAAAGAGGGUUUUAUGUUGAAUUGUGGUGCUCCUCAGCGUAUGGAAGUGUAUCUCUCCGCCAGCCCCAGACUAAAAGCCUGUCUCUUGUUUCCAGUAAUAAUACACUGUGGGGUUCUCUGGAGGAACCAGACAUCGUAGACACCAAGGAGUUUGAGGACCUUUUCUCCAAGGCCACUCUGCAGCCAAAGAAGAAGCCCCUCUCAGACACCUUUGAGAAGAAGGCCAAGACUAAGAAGGUUGGUUUAACUCAUCCAUUCUCUUCUCUCCCCUGUGCUGCUGCUGUUAUAUUGUGUUGGCUACUGCUGUUUUUCCUCUCUCAGGAGGAGCAUCUUAAAUAUCUUGGGUUUGGAAAGUGAUGACUGCUAUUGGACUUUCCAUGCAGGGACCCAUAUGCUGUAACUCUAAAGCUGUCAUCAGUAACGAUGACACACUCCAUUUGGCAUGGCACGUUGUAUUUCUCAGACACCUGUCUUCUCUAAAGAAAAUGCUUUGUCAUCAUAAUGUGUUUAAUUGUUACCACACGAGGGCGUUAGUGGCACAUUUUAAUUCAUAUUUCCUUUACUAGAGUUUCCUCGUCAAUAUCAGGAAUGAUUGAGAUUAGGUAGUCAGAAAGAAAAUAUUGACAUAAACACAUUUUUGAGGACGUUAUUACUUUUACUCCAGUAAGAGCAUCUGCUAAAUGAGUACAAUGGUGUCAGCAGAUUAUCCCGUAUUCUCCAACCCUAGACCACUUACCUCUGGAACAUUCCUUUAGGAGCUCUGCUGAGUUAGUCCAAGUAAGGAUCCCAGCCUUACAUGGAGUCUAAUCUAGAAAGAACACAAAGUGUGCAAGGAGUAAAUCACUCCCCUCCCUUUUCUCCUCUUACUCCCAACUGUCCAAUUCCUGGUGAUUGGUGUAGCCAGCUCUUGGACUAGGUCAAAGCAGGCUAUCAGGUUCAGUUCUCUUCUCCUGGCCCUGUGUAUGGAAGCAGAGCUGAGUAGAAUCCAACUUUCGAAGACCUGCUGCUUACACUUCACAAUCAGCUGCAGAUUAAACUGUUCUAUGCCAUGGCUUGGAAUGUUCUUUGGAUUGUACUUCCAACUUAGUUUGAUAGUUAUUUUCCUACAGAACCUGGUCGUAGUUAUCGUUUGAGAGAAAUUAUAGAACAUGCACAAUGACUAAUGUUUUCCUGGGCUAAUGCAGCUAGAUCAGAUAUCAACGUGAGCUAGGAGGCUGACCCUAGACCCACUCCAAUUCGCAUACUGCCCCAACAGAUCCACAAAUAAUGCAAUCUCAAUCGCACUCCACACUGCCCUUUCCCACCUGGACAAAAGGAACACCAAUGUGAGAAUGCUGUUCAUUGACUACAGCUCAGCGUUCAACACCAUAGUGCCAACAAAUCUCAUCACUAAGCUAAGGACCCUGGGACUAAACACCUCCCUCUGCAACUGGAUCCUGGACUUCCUGACGGGCCGCCCCCAGGUAGUAAGGUUAGGCAACAACACAUCUGCCACGCUGAUCCUCAACACUGGGGCCCCUCAGGGGUGCGUGCUUAGUCCCCUCCUGUACUCCCUGUUCACCCACGACUGCGUGGCCAAGCACGACUCCAACACCAUCAUUACAUUUACUGACGACACAACAGUGGUAGGCCUGAUCACCAACAACGAUGAGACAGCCUAUAGGGAGGAGAUCAGAGACCUGGCAGUGUGGUGCCAGGACAACAACCUCUCCCUCAAUGUGAGCAAGACAAAGGAGCUGAUCGUGGACUAUAGGAAAAGGAGUGCCGAACAGGCCCCCAUUAAUAUCGACGGGGCUGAAGUGGAGCGGGUCGAGAGUUUCAAGUUCCUUAGUGUCCACAUCACCAACGAACUAUCAUGAUCCAAACACACCAAGACAGUUGUGAAGAGGGCAUGACAACACCUUUUCCUCCUCAGGAGACUGAAAAGAUUUGGCAUGGAUGCCCAGAUCCUCAAAACGUUUUACAGCUGCACCAUCGAGAGCAUCCUGACCGGUUGCAUCACUGCCUGGUAUGGCAACUGCUCAGCAUCUGACCGUAAGGUGCUACAGAGGGUAGUGCGUACGGCCCAGUACAUCACUGGGGCCAAGCUUCCUGACAUCCAGGACCUAUAUACUAGGCGGUGCCAGAGAAAGGCCAAAUAAAUUGUCAAAGUCUCCAGUCGCCCAAGUCAUAGACUGUUCUCUCUGCUACUGCUCAGCAAGCGGUACCGGAGCGCCAAGUCUAGGACCAAAAGGCUCCUUAACAGCUUCUACUCCCAAGCCAUACGACUGCCUUGCUCAAGGGCACAUCGGCAGAUUUUUCACCUAGUCAGCUUGUGGAUUUGAACCAGCGACCUUUAGUUUACUGGCCCGAUGCUCUUAACCGCUACAUUAAGGCUACCUGCCAACCUGGUGUCUCUCUGUGGCUGUCUGAGUUGGAUCAAAUGUUGGGCCAGUUUGUGGGUUCAGAAUGACCAGACUGGAUGGAUACACACACACUGAGGCCUGUACAGUAGACUGGAGCCUUGACAGAUUGAUGACAAUGUGUAUGGAUUGGGAAGGGGACAGUUUGGGCUAGUGGCCGAUUUUUAACAGCCUGGACGCCACACUCAGUGCCAUGGGGGCAGUGGGAGCGCUGACACAUAUGGCUGCAGAAGUGCAGAGUUGCAGCAUUGGACUUGACAACAACAUGGGGCCUGAGCAUUGGCCUGAGCUGUGCGGACACAAAUGCACAUAACCGACUAGAAAUUGGGAUACUUUUCUUGGUAGUUCUUAUUUGAGAUGGUAGAUACAGUAUGUGGUACAGAUAUCCAUGAGCAGUGAGCUUUACUAGGGGCUGUACUAUACUCAGGCCAGAGACAGCAGCCUGUGUUCAGCUAUGAUUACUUGGAGACGCUACCACAACUGUGGAAAGGGUUGGCUACAGCCCCUUGGCACUCCAACACAUUUAGAAGGGUCAGCUAAACAAAAGUAACUUGUUUACUGCUUCAUAUUUUAUCCCUAAAAGUUUAUCUUCCAACGUUCAAACUCUCUGAAUCAUCUUCUGUUGAUAGGUUCCCAGAACUACUGGCUCUGACUGGACAAAGGAGGGGGGAGGAGAGGGGGAUGGAGAGGGGGGAAGAGAGGAGAGUGUAGAUGAGGGUGGAAAGGUGGAGGAGAUGAAGAUAAAGAGGGGGAGGGAAGGGAGGAGGAGAGGGGGGCUGGAGAGAGGGGAGAUGGAGACAGGCGGGGGGAGCAGACUGUCAUCCAACUAGCUAACAGACAGAGCCAGACUGGGCCUGUGGAGACACAGGGUCAAUCAAGAGCGCUGUCUUGCCUUACUCUGCAAUAUCUUCCCCCGAAGAGAUUUGACAAGCCAAUAGUCCUGUCCUGGCCUCGCCACCACACCGAUAAAGUUCGACACGACACAGAGACAAGUCAUUCAAUCUCUGCCCUGUAGUCGUCUCCAUCAACUUUAUGAAGAGCAGCUAUACUCUUCACACAUGAUGGUUUUCACUGUACUAAGCAUGUUAGCCGUAGAGCACACAGUGUUGUGUGUGAUGGCAGAAUACCUAUACAUGCCUGACGCACUUGUUACUUGUUCAGAAAGUAUUGCCAGAUCAGAUAACACCUGUGGGCCUAGUCGGGGGUGUGAUGGGGAGAAAAUGAAUGGAAUGUGUAUGGGCAUUAUGGAGAUUAGCCGUUUUUCUCACAUCCCUCCUAAUGCACAACUCUACAUACAGGACCCUAAGUGGAAGUUGGGGCAGUAGGGGAGGGUUAGAGGGGUGAGUCUGUACAUGGGAGUGCUAAUCUGUAUCAUGUGUCCAAUACAACUGAAAGCUGCUGUUUACUCUGGAGGCCUUUUCUUUCCCACCACUGAUUAUCAUAUCAAAGCAGCAGAGAUGACAUGCAGGGGAAUGUGCUCUCUGUCAGCCUCCACAGUCCAUGGCCGCCCAGGACACACCAGACCAGACUGGGGGUAAUUGUAGCCAUGUGGCUCCACUCGGCUCCACAGUGGGGCUGGAGGAGAGGAGAUGACACCUGUGGGGGCAUUUGAAGUGGAAAGGAGAGGAUGCACGUGUCGCUGCAUAUUGGGAGUGAGGAUAAUGAGCUACAGGAGCCGGGUGCUGCGCUGCGUUGAGGAGAUGAGGAAACCCAGUGAGCCCCCCACUCAAAGCACUUCCUCUUUUGAUAUUUUAAUAUUCAUUUCAGUGUCAAACCAAUGUCUCCUCUCUAUUUCAAGUGUUUUUUUGGUCUGCUGGAAGGACCUCACCUUGACUUGGACUGGUGGGCAGUUCUCCCAGUGUCCACUGGAGGUAGCUGUUAUACUCGUCAUGGGUUUCUAACAGAGCUCUCAGCAUCAGCAUCGGAAGGUUCCUUCCUUGCAUGCCUGAGAGUAAGCAUCCAGGCUUGUUCCUCCAGAUCAGUGGCCAGGGUUCCUGGGAGGCUUUUAGUGUGGCCUGACCAGCGCAGUUCAUUAAAGGUGUUGGGAAAGCCUCUCACUCUGCCUGCUUCCCUUCUCAUGUCCCCAUAUAGGAAGAUCCCCAGUUAUAUUAGUAAUGGACGUGGAAGCAGUAUGUACUCUUACCUUAUGUAACGCAAUACUCACUUCUAAGGCUUCUGCUCCUUGGUUCCCACUGGAUGGCCCAGUACCUGAGAUGCAGUAAUGAAGAAGGCUGAGACAUUACAUUUUAGAGCUGGGCUUUACCUUGCCAAAACUGUUUCUAGCUUAAUGGGUAAUUCAGUCAUAAGUAAUUGUGACCAUGUGUAGGCACAAAUAAAAAUCCUGUUAAUUUAUAGUUUGUUGUAAAAAACUCUUGCCUGCUCUUCCAGACUGAAUAUAUGUCCUUUUAUGGUUUCAUUUUUUACUUUUUACUUUCCUGUGGCUUUAUGUUUUCGACUAUAUCAUGCACUUUUAAAGGGGGACUUUUUCUCUAUACUCUGUGCUCUGCAUUCUUAGUGAUGUCAUUUGAUAAGGCCUCUGUCUGUGGCGUGUGGGUUUCUAUCAUCUCUCACUUCCUGUUAUCAUGACACUGUGUAGAUUAGUGUGGCUUUAGGGUCAAUCCAGACGCCCCACAGAGAUGUUAGAAUGACUCUCCUUUAGAGCACUUCUUCUGUCCUCUCCCAGAGUCAAUAUAUCAUCAAGUGGUCUUUCUCUGGGAAGUGACUAAGUGAUACUUUCCUCUGGCCUCUGGGAAAAAGACUGUGGAUGAUGGUAACCUGUGUCCCUGUUUCAUCUGAAUAUAUCAUAUUAUAUCAUAUUCUAGUAUUCUAGUAAAAUACAUCUUAUUAGUUGAAUUUAAGAUUAACUGUUGGUCUGCAUUUUACCAACUGUAUAAACUGUGCCACUUCAAUCACAUGGAGAUGGUGAUCAAAUAGAGGAUGUAUAAUCCAGUGUUAUUCUCGCUCUCUGAUGUAAUCCCUGUGAUUCAAUUAUGAUGUUUAUGUCUUUUCUGCAGAUUAUCAAACUGCUGGAUGGGAAACGUUCCCAAGCAGUAGGCAUCCUCAUCUCAAGUCUGCACCUUGAAAUGAAGGACAUUCAGAAAGGUGAGAGCAUAGAAAUAUGAACUCCUUAACUGUGUUAAAACCAAGCUGUUUGGCAGAUUAUUACUGGAGGAUAUUGUCUAUAUUUCUGACAACCUGUAAUUUCCUCUCCGUCGAACAGUAAUUUUUCCAAUUAAACAGUGAUAAACUUGAGUUACAAUCCUAUUUUCACUAGAUUAGAAAAUAUGCUUAAAUGGCAUAACAAAUGAUGAAAAUAGUUACUUUUUAGAAAGUAGAAAUGUUGAAGCCCGGUGCAAAUUGUUUCCUGCCUCUUGACAGACCCUAAUGUGUGAAUAGUUCCACUUUUAUAGAUGAAGUUGUGAUUCAUGUCGAAUGUGGAAGAUUUCCAAGUUUUCCAGACUAGUGCUCCCAGUUUCCCAGACUAGUACAUAAUGUUGUGAGUCAACAGCAUUGGAAUAAAAUUAGCAAUUUUUGUCUCGCCAGAUUCAAUCGUUCCUGCACUGGUCAAAAUCACAUCAAUAUUUUCCUUCUUGAACUAAAGAGGAAUGGAGUAUUUGGUUCUGUAUCUGUAUUUGACUGUACAUGUUUAUGUAUGUGAAUGGGGCGGGGGAUGUCUGAGGCAACGGUUAGGCGUACAUGGGUUGGGGCCGUUGGUGACAGCCAGGGUGCACUGGGUUGAUACUGGGACAGGGACUGAGACUGGGAGUGGAGCGCCUGGCAGUCUGAGCAUGCGGCCGACCCGGCAGAUCUGUUUAUUGUUGCCAGUGACGGUUUCCACCGCCUAAUGGGAGCGACACCCUGCUAAUGAUCUGAGUGUGUAUAAAUCCACCUUCACAGUCAGCAGACACCGCACCGCCACAUAAAAACGCUUACCCAAUGCAAGCCAAACAACACAUUGGGCCAAUCUGCCGUUUUUGGUUUUGAUAUUUUUUUCUCUCUCCUUCUCCCUCUGUCGGUGUCGAGGUAAAUAACCCCCAAUAAAAGAGCCUGCUCUCUCUCAGCGUGAGCCUGCUUCCUACAGCCUUAAUGGGAGGUGUAGGUGAAAUGGACAAUUUGAAUCUGACAAUGCAGCAAAGCGUCUUAAUAAGCACUUCUAACGGCCCUGGUCCCUGGCCUCGCCUGCUUGCCUGCCCUUUGUUGGCAAAUUAAAAGGACAUGGGACAUGUAAUGUAAUUAAAGCCACUAGGGAGGGGGGAGUGAGGGGAGGCAGGGCUCUGGUGGCCCAGGGCAGGGAGAGGGAAGAGCGGGGGCCAACGGAGGGCCUGAGCCUGGCUGGGGGACCUCCUGGGCCACCGCAGUUCAAGGCAGAGGGGAGGCUCCCCCACACCUCACCACACACAUCACACACACCCUGAGCGAUGGGUGAGAAGUGUAGGGAGAGGGAGUGAGGCGGCGACAGGGUUUCUUUGAUCUCCCGGUGUGGAGAGAUAUCCGGGCCAGGCCUCCUUUGGCUCAGAGCACUGUGCUGCACUGCGCUGCGGCCCCCCUUUGGUGUGUGAUUGACGGGUGCAUGGCGGGCGCGCUGAGGCCUUGAGUAAUCCACUCUAAUAAGAAGUAGGAAAUGGCCCUCCACCUCCAGCCUGCGUCCAGCAUGCUCUCCACUUUGAUCCAUCCUCUAGGGCUGCCCUGCUGCCUCAGCUGGUCGUAGGGGCUUGGGGAAGCUGUGGACGUCAGUGGAAGAAUGCUUGGAUUCUGGGAUGCAGAACUGUUUCUUCUUAUUUGGAGGCACUGCUUGGAGAUAGAAGGUGACAUGUCUUAUUGACUCCAGGGGUGUUGCUGUAUACAGUACAGUCAUGUGCUUUUGGCUCGACUUCACUGGUGGUUCUUUGCAAGCCAUGCGACUCUGAGAGUUGACGCAGCCACAGUGGUGUAGAGAGGGGCUUGUUUCCACUCUGAGAGCAGGCGUCGCACUUUAGUCUGCAGCUGACAGCACACAGAUCCAUAUUGUCAUUGAGACCAGGAGCCAUUCCUCCCAGUCUGCCCCCUCCUCUCCUCUCUCCUCCCUGACCUGCACCCAGCCAUAAAGCUGUGACUCCUCUUUCUGAGACACUGAGCAGAGCUCUCCCUCUCUUACUUUCUCUCUCGCACUUUCUUUCUCACUCUCUCUUUUCCUUUUGCUGAUAAGCAGGGGUGAAAGUAGAUAAAAUGUCUUCCUGUGUGCAAUCUAGUUUUAGAGAGACAAAAUAAGGACAUAAACAAUCUGAUGCACAGGUAUAUUUCAAGGCCUUUUACUUCUCAACAUUGUGUGAACGCACUUUGUAAUUUUUAUGGGCCUAAUCAUAGAAUUACAUAUAUAAUCAUUUUUAAUUUAAUAGGAUCUCUAUGGGCCUAAUAGGAAAGAUUUGUCGUUUUACAUUUACUUUUACUCUAAUUUACUUUUACUCUAAUUAACGUGAUAAAAGAAUCUCCUCAAAUUCCGUCAGUUUAAGCUAGAGAUAUCUGUUUUUUUGCAUGGGCUGCAUCUCAAUCCACCGCGUCCGUCUAUGUGGGCUUUCCGCAUCUGUGACUGAGGUACAGCGUUGUUUGUCAGACCAGGACACAUCCCGAAAAUCGGUAUUCUCACGAAAAUGUCUGGAGCGUCCGAACAGUUUGACCUACUAACUAUGGAAAGAUGAAACUCUUACGAACACAAUGGUGCUCUCCGUUUUGUUCUAUGUCCCCCACAAGUGUCACAAGAUUUGUCUGACAGUAACCCAUACAAAUGAAUGGAAGUAUGGAGGUAGUUUUGUGCCAACAAAAACAGGCAUUUCAUACAUUUUGUGACUGUCUUUUUUUGCCAUUUAUGAAUGUGUUAUUUAAUUAGUUUCUAUGGGCUAUUGUAGUAAAGGCCAAAUUCAAUAGUUUAUCAAAUAAUGUUUAUUUAAUUUCUUUAUAUACAAAAAUUAUAAAUCAAAUAGCUUAAUGAUCCAUGGUAUGACCAUCUUAAAACAAUUCCAUAUGUUAGCUUAGUAGAACUCCACCCCAGGCUUAGACUUUUAGAGGUUUUAAUGUGGCAUAAACACAACCAGUCAUGAUGUUUGUAUCUGAUUGUCAAACAAUUACUUCAAAAGGCUCAUGUAGGCUACCUGCGCACGUUACUCAAGGAUGGCGGAAAGACAGGCGGUGCACAAAGUUUUUUAUUUUAAUUUGGUAGGCUACUUGUUGGUCAACUUGUCUAUAAUUCGAUACAUGCCGCUUCUCUUCUGUCAUUACUUGAUGCUCGUCUAGAAUACUAAAUAAAGCGUUGAUCACCAGAAUAAUGUCAUAAAUCGAUAGAAUGAUCAAUGCAUCAUCAACAAUCUAGUUGACGUCUGUAAAGUUUUCUCUUUAAUUUGUCUGUUUCUUUCAUGGAAUGACAACAUUUAGGGACCAGAGAGGUUUCCAAAUGACAUCAGUUUGGUUGGUUUUAAGGAAAUGAAAAGCUGGGGAAAAGAUCCAACAUGUUUCUGAUAGUAUUUAAGUUAGUCUUGGAUGCAUAUUUUAUGUUUUUUUAAUGCUUUUAUGUCGCUGAAAUAAAUUGCACAUUUAGGCUACACAACAGGUCCCUAACUGUGUAUUUGCAUUCUCUCAAGAUGCUGAAAUAAAUCAUUCAUAUUUCUCCAUUCCUGUUCCCGAGACAAAAUGAACAUUUGGCCUAUCAUUUUACUAUGAGGAACACUUAAUAAUAAUAAUAAUAUGCCAUUUAGCAGACGCUUUUAUCCAAAGCGACUUACAGUCGUGCGUGCAUACAUUUUUUUUUUGCACUUAAUUCUGCAGGAGUUCAUAUUAUAAUAGGCUAGGCUAUAUGUGAGGCCUACAUUCAGUGUCUAGACUCCAGUUACUAUUCCAAGUAUUAGGCUACUCCAGUCUAAAAUAAUUCCGGCAUCCAUACGGUGCCAUUUGAUAAAUGCAAAGAGACAUCACAUACAAAACACCAAAAGUAUUAUGAAUGACAUUCAGUGAUUGUCAUCAUUCGGCCUAAACAAGUCUUGUAACCUCAAUGUAUGCAUACACUGCUGUCCCCACGCAUCUCGUUAUCGGCCACUCAUCUCUGCCUUAGCAAGAUUUCAGUGUCUAUUCGCUCAUUUUUCAUGCGACUGACAUGCAGUAAUGAUAAAUAGUGUAAUAGUUUUCUUGGAAUCUAUGUUUUAAUUGUUGUGAUAGGCUCUUAUUUUACCGGUACGGAGUACCCCCACUAUUUAUUUUGCCGGUUAUCCGUACUGGACCGUUCAAGCUUACUUUCACCCCUGCUGAUAAGAGUCUAUUGCUCUGUCUAUCUCUCUCUCUCCUCUACACUCUGAGAAAAAGGGUUCCAAAUAAGUUAUUUGGCUGUCCCCAUAGGAUAACUAUUUUUUGGUUCAAGGUAGAACCCUCUGUGCAAAGGGUUUUAGAUGGAACUCAAAAGGGUUCUACCUGGAACCAAAAUGGUUCUACCUGGAACCAUAAAGUGUUCUUCAAAGGGUUCUCCUAUGGGGAUAGCCGAAGAACCCAUUUGGGUUCUAGAUAGCACCUUUUUUUCUAUGAGUGGAGCCUCCUCUCUCUCGCUCUCGCUCUCUCGCUCUCUCUCUCCCCUCCUCUCUCUCUGUGGCCCCACUUUAGAGAUCAUUACUGGAGACUGUGGUGGUUCUGGCUGCAGGUCCUGGGGUUAAGCAGUUACAGGCUCUCUCCUGUGACCCGGGCUGAUAGACUUAGUCUUCUGCAUGUCGGCCUGAGAGGAGAGCUCCCGUGUGAGGUGAGCCCUUGGCUCUGCUCUGAUCUGACACAAUGGCUGUCCUGGCCUGCCUGACCACACGCCCCGAUACCCACCACUCCCUAAUACUCUCAUUCAGUCACUUUAAAGUGAUAGUUCACUACAAAAUCUAAGUUUGUCAGACAUUUCAGACCUCAAAAGAUGUUUAAUGUUGAAAUGAGUUGACAAAAUAAUAGACAUGGGUAUUAUUUCAGUAAAUUAUAGUUUAGAUUAGCCUCCAUGAUGUUUAUGAUAAUAUCUGAACGAUGCUAGUGUUUAGCUGCUAUCCAUUCUUUUUGUACAUAGCAUGCCUAUAUGAAUUUAAUCUCCCUCACAGGAAAACAGGCCUAGGCUCCAAACCCAGGCAGCAGGUAAUUUAAACAGCAUGCUUACCCAACAUAUUCCAUCUUUAUAAUACAUUAAUUUACUUUUCCAGCUGUUUUGAGUGUGGAUAACUCUGUGGUGGACUUGGAGACCAUCGAGGCUUUAUAUGAAAAUGUGAGUAUUCAGAAGUGUGCUAUAAAGUCAUCCGAUAGCAUGAGAGAAAUGUGAGAAUCUAAACUCCUUUUUAAGUGUUUUUCUCACUCAGUAUGCUUUUGUUAACACUACACAGUGGUGGAAAAAGGACCCAAUUGCCAUACUUGAGCAAAAGUAAAGAUACCUAAAUAGAAAAUGACUCAAGUAAAUCAUUUCAAAUUUCUAAUAUUAGGCAAACCAGACGGCACGACUUUCUUGUUUUCUUAAUUUCCGGAUAGCCAGGGGCAUACUCCAACACUCAGACAUAAUUUACAAACGAGAGCAUGUGUAUUUAGUGAGUCCGCCAAAUCAGAGGCAGUAGGGAUGAGCAGCGAUGUUUUCUUGAUAAAUGCAUGAAUUUGACCAUUUUCCUGUCCUGCUAAGCAAAAUGUAAUGAGUACUUUGGGUGUCAGGGAAAAUGUAUGGAGUAAAAAGUACAUUAUUUUCUUUAGGAAUAUAGUGGAGUAAAAAUAGUAACAAAUAGAAAUUGAAAAGUACAGAUACCCCAAAAAACUACUUAAGGAGUACUUUCAAGUAUUUUUACGUAAGUACUUUACACCACUGACACUACAUCAGGGCUCCAUAACAUCUGCUAGUCUACAGCUAAUUUCUCAAGGAUGUCACAUUCAACAUUUAUCUAUUGCUAUUCUACCUCUUGUUUUGUAAUUACUAUGUCUAUAUCGUUCAUUGCUACAGCUUUAUUGUUGUCUACUAACCUGUUUUGUUUGUGUGUGAUCACAGAGGGCCACGAGUGACGAGCUGGAGAAGAUUAAAAAACACUAUGAGACGUCCAAGGAGGACGAGGUGAAGCUACUGGACAAGCCUGAACAGUAAGAGUGUUUCUCCAGCACCCAAGGGUUCAGGGAGAGGGCAGUAGGACACUGGACCCUGACUUCUACUGGAGUCAGAGAACUAGAAGCUCAUACACACAGAAAACCAUCACCUCCAUUGAAUUCAAGAUGUCAAUUUCAAAGGGUACUUUAGAAACACAUCAUGUGGUUUUUAAUGUGUACAGACGGAGACAAACAGUUUGAUUUUGAAACACUUUGGUCUUUGACAGCCUGAGGCUCACUCAUCACGUUGAUGGUUCUUUACAGCCAAACCAGUAUAUGGAGAUAUUUUAUAUAAACAUCACUUAGAAAAGGUGGCAUCACUUUUGUGUUUAUAUAUCAUUUCAAGAAGUAAAAAACCAAGCUCCUUAGUCUUCCUCAGACAGUAAAUAUUUGUUCCUGGUCUGUUUUGCAACCUUCAUGUCUUCCAUACUUAGGGAAUGGGCUUGUGUGUGUGCAUGUGUGAAUGUGUGCGUGUGUGUGGGUGGACAUACACGUGCGUGUGUGUGUGUCUCAGAGUGAAUGGCAGAGAUGGACGGCUGCUGGCUCUCAGAGAGGAGUCCCUCCCAUGGGGGUUAAACGUAGCUGGCCUGUUAAUGACUUGUCACUGUGGGGCUGAGGGCCAUGUUCAUACCCACUCAGUGUCUGCCUCCAUCAGCAGCCUAAUGACACAGGAUAUUACCGCUCUCCUCGGAUAUGUCCCUGUUUACAUGAGUCGGCCUGACGCUACCUUUGAUCAAUCAGUGCUCCAGCCCUCCUUUAGUUGACCCUGGACCUAUCAAACUAUUAGAGCAGGACAACUCAUGACUAUCAGCUGCUAGUUAAAAGCCAUACUGACUCAGCCAUGUGUGUGUGGAAGCAGCGCAGCCAAGGAUUAAAAAUAGUUCUUCCUGUUGGACAUUUUGUUUAAUUUUGUCAUAACACAUUAUUUCCCCUUGUGCAGGUUCUUGUAUGAACUCUCCCAGAUUCCAGACUUCUCUGGCCGGUCCCACUGCAUCAUAUUCCAGUCUGUCUUCCUCGACUGCAUAUCUUCCAUCCACCGCAAAGUAGAAAUAGUCUCCACCGUGAGCAAAGUAAGACAUGACAUGACUACAAUCUUAUUGAUUUGUCAGUGUAUGAGCUUUUAUCAUGCUGACCCUGUGUGUGUGUCUGUCUGUCUGUCUGUCUGUCUGUCUGUCUGUCUGUCUGUCUGUCUGUCUGUCUGUCUGUCUGUCUGUCUGUCUGUCAGGAUCUGCUGGACUGUAGAAGUGUGAAGGAUGUGAUGGGGCUGGUCCUAGCCUUUGGGAACUACAUGAAUGGAGGCAACAGGACGCGGGGUCAGGCUGAUGGCUUUGGCCUGGAGAUCCUGCCCAAACUGAAGGAUGUCAAGAGCAGGGUACAUUCACCACACACACAGCCAUAUUACGUUAUAUUAAUCUACAGUAUAUUACCGAGAAGUUGUACUGGCUUCUUCUGUCUGACCCUUUGUAUCUUUUAGGACAAUCGUAUCAGUCUGGUCGAUUACGUAGUUGCAUACUAUCUGCGCAAUUUUGACAAGGUACAGUAUUUCAGAUUAAAUUAACACAUUUCCUACGAUGGACUAAAAGCUCAAUUCUUCUGUUGUUUCCUGAUGUUUUGUCAUUGAUGGAUUGUCUGUUGGUUUGCAGCACGCAGGAACAGACAAGAGUAUAUUCCCACUGCCUGAGCCACAGGAUUUAUUCUUGGCCGCUCAGGUCAAGUUGGAAGACCUCACAAAUGACAUGAGGAAGCUGAGGAGAGACCUGACUGGUGAGACACAGUUUAUUUCACUCUUUUCUAAGCAACUCACAUAACAUCAGGCAUACAUAGAGGCGUACUGCUCUAUAUGUAGUAUGAUACACAUUAUACAUUCUGUCUUAUCCUGUAAGAACACUUUCCUCCGUCAUCCGUCAGAGGCAGUGGCGGUCAGUGCCGUUUAAGAUUAGGGAGGAUUAUUUAUUUUUUCAUGAGCAUGGCCUUAUUUCUAUUACAGCAUAUUGGAUGACUUUCAUUCACAUUCCAUUCACCCAGUUCAAUGUAACAGCGAUAGGUUUAGGUUACUACAUGAUACUCACAUUUUCCCUAUACCCAUCAUGAGGUUGCUACAACCUAGUCUAUGAAUGAAAGUUUACAACGUAGGUGCACACAGUUCGAGAGACAAAUUUGAGGUGACAGACAGUGACACAUGGACAGACAGUGACAUUCAAUACCGCCUUGCACACUCUUCCCUGCAUCUAACUGAUGUAGGGUGUAAUCAUUAGACCAACAGUUGCAAACAAGAGUUUCUAUUGGACAAAUUCAGGUAUGUUUAUCCCCGUUUUGUUCCGUUUGCUUCCGUUUAAUAAUUUUUUUUCAACAGAAUCGGCAGAAUGAAAACACCCCUGUGGCAAUAAAUUAGUAAUAUCAAAAGCUUACCUUGACUUGAGUUCCAGUGUAGUUUUGGAAAGUCAUAGCCAGCUAGCUAACAUAGCAUCCCUCUGUUUGAGCAGGGUGUUUCAGUAGGCUAAACUAGCUAGCUGCAUUUGUUAGCUAAGUAAGUGAAACUGAAAGUGGAAAGAAAUGCCGAAAUCUCUCUAUCUCUCUAUUUCUAUUUUGCUUCUUCUUCAUUUUGGAAGAAAUUAAUUUGUUCAAAACUGUUCAACUAUUGUCUUUCUCUCUCUUUGAGUCAACUACUCACCACAUGUUAUACACUGCAGUGCUAGCUAGCUGUAGCUUAUGCUUUCAGUACUAGAUUCAUUAUCUGAUCCUUUGAUUGGGUGGACAACAUGUCAGUUCAUGCUACAAGAGCUCUGAUAGGCUGGAGGACGUCCUCUGGAGGUUGUCAUAAUUACUGUGUAAGUAUAUGGAAGGGGGUGAGAACCAUGAGCCUCCUAGGUUUUGUAUUGAAGUCAAUGUACCCAGAGGAAGACGGAAGCUAGCUGUCCUCCGGCUACACCAUGGUGCUACCCUACAGAGUGCUGUUGAAAAAUAGUGUGUUUUAAUCAAUUAUUUGGUGACAUGAUUAUAUUUAGUAUAGUUUUAUCUAAUAAGGAUAACUUUUUAAUGUUUUAGAAUUUUUAGUUUUAUGAAAUUCACUGAGGAGGAUGGUCCUCCCCUUCCUCCUCUGAGGAGCCUCCACUGGUCAGAGGUGUUUCCGGAUAGAUUCAGGAUCUCAGACGCUCUGAAGCACAUUUUUCUUGUUCCCAGGCAUCGUGUCAUGCCUUAACAGGCAUGUCAUCACUCCCCCAUUUCCCCCUGCCCUAAUCAUGCUCUACUUACAGUAUCCUAUGUCAGAAGUGUCAGUGUCUUCAUUUUAGCCAAAGCAAGUCUAUCUGUCUGAAACAUUUACAGAUGAUAUGAAAGCUGGAUGGAAAUGCAAUAAAGGAGCAACACUCACAGGAGAAACGUUACCAUAUGGCUGGUAUCAGGAGCUCGGUGCUUACUGGCAUGGUCCGCCAGUUAGCCAGCCAGUCAGUCAGUCAGCCAGCCAGCCAGCCAGUCAGUUAGCCAGUGAGUCAGUCAGCCAGCCAGUCAGUCAUCCAGUUAGCCAGUGUGUCAGUCAGCCAGUUUGCCAGUCAGCCAGUCAGCUAGCCAGCCAGCUAGCCAGCCAGUGAGUUAGCCAGUGAGACUGUCACCCAGCCAGCCAGUCAGUUAGCCAGUGAGUCAGUCAGCUAGCUAGUCAGUUGGUCAGUGAGUCAGUCAGCCAGCCAGCCAGCCAGCCAGCCAGCCAGUCAAUUAGUUAGUCAGUGAGUCAGUCAGCCAGCACGUCAGUUAGUCAGUUAGUCAGUAAGUGAGUCAGUCAGCCAGCACGUCAGUUAGUCAGUAAGUCAGACAGUGGUCCGCUGGGCCGUCCAAGGGUUAUAGGCGUUGCCCCCCAGCCAGUCAGUUAGUCAGUGAGUCAGUCAUCUAGCCAGUCAGUGGUCCGCUGGGCCGUCCGGGGGUUAAAGGUGUUACCCCCAAGCCAGUCAGUUAGUCAGUCAGCUAGCCAGUCAGUGGUCCGCUGGGCCAUCCGGGGGUUAAAGGUUUUGCCCCCCAGCACCCUGGUGUCUGUGAUUAUUUCAAUCAACCAAUAAUACAGCAUAUGAAAGCAAUUAGAUAUGCUCUCCACUCUCCCCUCCUAGUGCAGAUUGCUGUUAAACCCUGAUCCUCUCUGACCUGGGGGAAAAUACAAAGAGUCUACAAAAGAGCCCCAGACCCACCUCAAGCUGUCAGUCAUUUAUUAGGAAAAUUGAACACUUAAAGACAAUAAAUGUAACAUAAGGACCCACAUAUUUGAUCUCGACUGCAGGAAAAAUAAAUAGCAGUCUCGCCCGGAGUCCUCUAGGUAUUGGCAGGGAGCGGUGAGUGUUCUCAGUGUUUGGUGAGGUCCACCUAUGACACCCAUUUCUAUCCUCCCCGCCAGCCGCCAGGAAUAAAUAUUUAUUUAUUUAAAGCACCCUAAAGAAACCAACUGAUCUUAAUUAUAUCAGAUCACUUCCAUUUACAUCUGAAUUAUGUCUAACUCGGUGUGGCUGGUGCUAACACAGGAUCUUAGCUACAAGGACUCUCAACUGAAAGGAGGCUAACAAUAUGAAAGCAGCUCUCCUUAUCCAUGCAGGAGCCUCAUGAGUCCUGUUUUGCCCCACUUUUUGAUUCUUUGCUAUGGUACAGUGGUGUUCAGGCUAUAGAUUUAUUCCUCCAUAUCCCUCUUCCCCAGAGUGAGGCUCCAGUAAGUAGCCAGGCAGAUGUAUGUGUGUGUCUGGUCUGAGACGAUGCACAGGAGUAGGUCAGACUCCCUGGCCUGUCGGCUGCCCUCUCUCCACUCUGCCGUGCAGAAACAUGAUCCUCAUUUGAUCUGCCUUCCUGUUUGGGCAGGAGGUGAUGACCUCUCUCUGGGUCUCUCUCUGGGGAUGGGGGUGGGUAAGAUCCAUCCCUUCUCUCCUGCCCAAGGAGCCUGGCAACUAUAGAGUAAGACCUGGAUAUUCCACUGUGUUUUCCCUAGUGUCUUCUGAGGCUUUCAGUUCUAUGUGUCAGGAGGGGUGUCUGUCCCUUUGGGGGCUACGGUACAUGUAGAUGUUCCUGGAGAGUAUCCUUGGUUCACCCAGUCCCAGGGCUCAUGUGGGCACAGAGAGGACCUUUCAUCCAAUCAGGGCCAGCGGAGGCCACGGCCACGUAAAGCUCUCUUUAACUGCUGGGUAAUUGGGCGGACAGCGAGACAGGGACGCUACUGAAUGAAAUAGUGUCAAAUAAAAAAGAACAGUCAGAGCUCAUUUGCUGCCCAGGGGAGUUUAGUGUUUCACAGAAGGUCUGUGCAGGGUUCGGCAUUCAUCACCAUGGCAAAUCAGACAGUGUCUUUAUUAUAAAUGCCCCUUAAUGUCAGGUCGAGGCAAGGCCUUUACCCUGAAGCCAGUUUUACGACAGAGGCUCCAGUUUGGAAUUCCAUGUGUGGAGUCGUUAGGGUAGAGUACCACCACCUCUCCUCCACACAUAACUGUUAAAUAUAGGCUGCUACUCAUUUUGCUCAACUUCAGGCACAAGAUGCAGGGAACAUGCAGUGUAGAUAAUAUAGUCUUUGUAAACUCAAGACCCUCACAUAGGAAUUUUAAACCAUGUUCAAUUAUUUAUAUUAUUUUGUCAUGGUAGCAGGCCAUAUAUUAAAUGAUGACACUGCCUUUUCAACAGAUGUGUCCAUACAUUUCCUCAACCUAAGAUGAGUGCCUUGUUUUCCUCUUAGAUAUGGAGCCAAUUGAAACAAAAUCUAUCAUCUAUAUCAUUUAUUUUAUGAUUUCCUCAAACAAAGAUCUCCCAAGCAUUCCCUUACAGCAGAACAGAGCCUAGUGGUGCACUCUAGCUGAAACCCUGAACAUUGGAGUACCAUGUCUUACAGCAAUUCAUCGUUUCCAGAGCUGUGCGUACAGAGGAUGUAGGCACUGUGUUCUCAGACAGGCUCUAUGUAGGACGUGGGCCAGGGUUAAAUGCUGGAUAGGUCCCGGCUGAUAGAGAUAGAUUUAUCUAAGAGGGAGGUGUGGGUGUCUUACCGUUACCUCCUGGCUGGCCCAAUGUAGCCUGGGUUAUAGCAGGGCUUUAGCCUGGAGGGGAGGGAGGGGGAAGCUGGGAGCCUGACAGUGCACUGGGGUGGGUUGUAUAUAAUUGUGGAUUAGUGAGAGAAUUCCUUGUGCUUUAGAGCUGAUGGAAAAUGAUCCAGUGCCUGGCGUAAAUAACACUGAUCUGCCAGGCCAGACCACGGACAAGACUAACCUCUCUCUCUCUCUCUCUCUCUCUCUCUCUCUCUGAUGAGAAAAGAGUUUUGAAAACAUUCAUGCUUGAAGGGCGAAAACAUACGUAGUGUCAGUAUAUCUGUGUGAGUUUUUUAUUGUCAGUGAUGGUUAGAAGUAAAGGAGUGCAUAACACUAUCGGCAUAUCUAUUUAUUAUGGCCAUCGAAAUGUUAGCUAUUAAAAUCAGAUCCAACAAUAAUAUCAAGGGAUUAGAAAUCCGGGACUUAAAAACAAAGGUGUCAUUGUACGCUGAUGAUUCAUGUUUUCUUUUAUAUCCACAACUUGAAUCCCUCCACAGCCUCAUAGAGGAUCUAGAUACAUUUUCUAACCUCUCUGGAUUACAACCAAAUUAUGAUAAAUGUACUAUAUUACGUAUUGGAUCACUAAAACAUUUUAAAUGUACAUUACCAUGUAGUUUACCAAUAAAAUGAUCUGAUGGUGAUGUGGAUAUACUCGGAAUACAUAUCCCAAAUGAAAUAAAUGAUCUCACUCCAAUAAAUGUAAUAGAAAGUUAGCAAAAAUAGAUAAGAUCUUGCUACCAUGGAAAGGUAAAUACCUGUCAAUUUGUAGAAAAAUCACCCUGAUUAACUCUUUAGUAUUAUCCCAGUUUACCUAUUUGCUUAUGGUCUUGCCUACGCCUAGCGAACAGUUUUUGAAAUUAUAUGAGAAAAAAAUAUUCAAUUGUAUUUGGAACUUCAAGCCAGACAAAAUUAAACUGGCCUAUUUAUAUAAUGAAUAUGAAUUCGGAGGACAGAAAUUAUUAAAUAUUAAAGCAUUAGACCUAUCACUAAAAGCUUCAGUCAUACAAAAGUUAUACUUAAAUCCGAACUGGUUCUCUAGCAAAUUAGUAAGAUUGUCUCACCCAAUGUUCAAGAAUGGCCUUUUUCCCUUUAUUCAGAUUACAACCUCUCACUUUCAGUUAUUUGAAAAGGAAAUAAUCUCCCAAAUAUCACUAUUUCUAAAACAAGCCAUAGAAAGUUGGUUGCAAUUUCAAUUUAAUCCUCCAGAAACGACAGAACAAAUAAUGCAACAAAUAUUGUGGUUAAACUCAAAUAUACUAAUUGAUUAAAAAAACAUUAUUUGUUGAAUAAAAUAAAAUAAAAAGGUAUAAUCUUUGUAAAUGAUAUCAUAGGUAGGACUGGUGGAGUUAUGUCACACAUGCAGCUAACAAAAACAUAUAGAGAUAUCUGCUCAACCCAAAAUUACAACCAAAUAAUUGGAAGGGGGAAAAAGUAAGGAACUUAUCUGUCGGCCCUGCAUUAAAGAACAUAAUUGGUUAAAGAAAAUUGUGAUAAAUAAAAAAGUAUACCAGUUUCAUUUAAGGACCAAAGGAUUGACAGCUGUCCCAUAUAGAUUGCAAAAUAGUUGGGAAUACAUUUUUGAUGUACCGAUUCCAUGGCAUAGUGUUUAUGAACUGAUACGCAAAACGACACCAGAUUCAAAACUUAGAAUUUUUCAAUUUAAAUUAUUAUACAAAAUUCUUGCUACCAAUAUAAUGUUAUUUAUAUAGGGGAUACAAUCUUCCCAGCUCUGCAGAUUUUGCUGCGAAGAGACAGAAUCAUUAGAUCAUUUGUUUUGGUACUGUCCAUUAGUAGCCUGUUUUUGGAUACAGGUCCAGGAAUGGCUAAAGGAUUGCAAUAUUUACCUGGAGCUAACCCUGCAGAUAGCACUACUGGGUGAUCUGAAAAGUCAUAGUCAAUCGAUCAAUAAUAUAAUAGUACUUUUAGCAAAAAUGUUUAUUUUCAAUUUACAAUCUGUAGAAACAAUGAGAAUAGAAGAGUUCAGAACUUUUUUUAAACAUCACAGUACAGUUGAAAAAUAUAUGGCAAAUAGAAAUCCAAUAUGGAUGGUGUUAAGAGAUAGAUGGGUGGUGUUGAAUGGAGUUGAAGGAUGGGAUUAAUAACAACUAACAACAACUAAUAACAACAAGAUAACUAAUGUAAAGCAUACUGUGUCCAUAAUAAGUAUAUAGGUUAUAGGUUGAGAGCUUUUGUGAAAGAGCACAGUUAGAAAGAUAUGGCAUAUAGACGCAAACCGGAUGGACAUCAUGAAAAUGAUCGGAGAGGUUGAGGGUAGAGGAAGUUCAGGAGUAAAAACAAACAAAAUAUAAUUAUUGUAAAAUUGACUGUGUCCAUAAAAUGUAUAUAAUAUGUAUUAGCUGGAAGUAGAGGCCUAAGCAUUGUUGUUCACUAGUUUACUCCAAUUAGGGAAGGGGGCGUGGGGUUGGAAAGUAAUAAAGGGAAAUGUAAUUUUUUUAAAGGAUAUGUAUAUAUAUAUAUGUAUGUAUAUGUAUUUAUAUGUAUGUAUGUGUAUGUGUAUGUAUGUAUAUGUAUAUAUAUGUAUAUAUAUAUUUGCAAGAAAAUAAAAAACAUAUGGGGGAUUGGAAGUUAUGCAAACAAUUACAUUGAUGGAAGUUACAAUCUAUCUGCAAUAUUAAAGCUGAUCUACCCCCUAAAAAAAAAAAAGACAAAAAAAAAGGAGUGCAUAACAGAAUCAACAUGAAUCUUUAAUGAGUUAUAGCAGUAUAACUUUGAGAACAGAAACCUACUCUAUAUGGCAGUCAAAUAUGUAGCGCUCAAUGAUUAUCCAAGUGUACAAUGUUUUGUUUUCCAAACAUCUCAGGGUCUACAGAAUAAUGUGCCAUUGUCUUGAUGGCCUAACGUUUCCCUGUAGCUUUGUGGGGAAUUCAUGGUUCAUUCAUUACAUCAAAGUGAGCUUGACUAACUGCGUUUGCCAUGUCUCGGAGCAGAAGUCAGACUCUGUCUUUUCAUGUUAGCCCACUCCCCAUGUUACAGUACAGUAACAUACCUUAUAUGAUGCAAUCCUCUGGCAUACCAGCUAGCCCAGUGUCCCUACAGACAGCAUGUAGUGGGCGAGCUUCCUGUAUACAUGUAUCCAUGCCUUACUACAGUAUUAACCACAUACUGUUUGGGCAACCCUUGAGAAUAUGGGCAUCAAUGUAGAGGUUUUUAAAUAGAUUCCUCUACAUGUAUUUGGAUACAGAAUUUGUGUGGACAUUUCAUGUGUUGCUUACAGUUUAUGAUGAGUAACAUCUAGAAAUCAGUCUUCUUCAGUGAAAUAACACUACUUCUAUCUUGAUUUACACAAAGAUAUCAGUCACCUUCCACAAUAAUGCUGAAUCCACUGUCUGUAUGAAGGCUGGCCCUGCCUGAAUGUGGUGGUGGGAGGGGAGACAGGUCCCUUGUGACCUGGUGACUGAACAGGAAGCCAGACAGGACAAACAGCACUGACAGUAGCAGUAUGACCUGCUUCUGUCUAACCGCCUUAACACAGGGUGUCAAAUACAACUGGUGUAACUUGCUUGAAAUGCUUGAUUACGAGCCCUUCCCAACGAUGCAGAGUUGGUGCAGCUGUGGAACUUAUUCAGUAUCCGAGGGCCCAAGCCAAAUCUUUUCAGCCUCCUGAGCAGGAAGAGGCGCUGUCGUGCCCUCUUGAUGACUGUGUGGGUGUGUGUGGAGUGGACCAAGCUCCUGGUGUGCCUUAGCAGUUAACUGGUUAAUACUGAUCAUUGAUAGGAAAGCAAUCCCCUUGUGGUGGUCAUUUGCAACAGAGUUUUUUCCUCUGUGAAGGAAGAGCCUCAACUGCAGUCUCUGUCUCCCUUCCUCCCUCUCUCUCUCUACCCCAGGGAAACUGACACAGCUGUUUGGGCACAGAGGACCCAGAUUAACACUCACUAGCCAAUUAGAGAACAGCAUGGACAUAUUUACAGUAAUGGGAUUAGGUGGCUGUGAGGGGAGCAGGCCCCUGGGAGCAUAGCGAACCUUCAGUUGGCCUGGUUCACUGUAGUAAUACUGUUUCACUGUAGUAAUACUUUUACACUGUAGUAAUACUUUUACACUGUAGCAAUAGUUUUACACUGUAGUAAUACUUUUACACUGUAGCAAUACUUUUACACUGUAGUAAUAAUUUUACACUGUAGCAAAACUUUGACACUGUAACAAUACUUUUAGACUGUAGUAAUACUUUUACACUGUAGUAGUACUUUUAUACUGUAGCCUGCAUAUCCCCAGGAGAUAGCUGCUUUAGAAAGGGCUUCCUUGAUCCUACUUCUCCUCCUCUGCCUCCCCCUCCCCCUACCCCUACCCCUACCCCUCCUCCAUGCCUAAGUAUUGUCACUGUAAGACAAUGUCCUAAACCAGAGCCCACUAGGUUUUUAUUUCAUCCAGCUGCUGAUGUUUUGGGGGUUUCCUUCUUGUGGUCUACACUGUCUGGACCACAUUUAGAGGAGAUCCGCCUCUUAAUUGUAGUCUUGCUGUUUUGAACACCCUUUAAUGUGCCUGUUUGAGACGGGGGGAUUUUAAGGAGCGAGGGAUCAAAUACUUUUUUAAAGUAGGAUAUUUUCAGUCAUGUUUGAGCUGGCUCACCUGAUCAGGUUUGUUUCAUGGUUGUCUCUCAGCUGUGGAUGAUGUUGUUGGAACAGUGUCUUUUCUUACUCAAGUAGUGUGCACCUUUCAAGAGCAACUAUUCCUGAGACCCUGGAAAAGGAUAGUGGGUAACUGGGAUAAUUCACCUGUUCUUAAUACAUCCCUCUGGAUUAUUCUGGAAACCAGUGAACCAGUCUCACACUCUAACCAGCCAAGUGUUCCUGUUGUGUUGUUAAGACAUUUAGCUAUGCAGUAAUAACCAACACAAGGUAUUUACUGCACUCAUUAAUGACUUGCAGGUUUGUGUAAAGUUGCAAAAGUUAUUCUGGCAGGCGGCUCUGUAUAUAGCAUCCCACGCUGAUUUUUAGGAGGAAAUGAAAUAGUUUGGCUCAUGUUUGCCCAAGUCAUCGUUGUUUCCUUUGAGCCUGUGUGAGCUAGGUGGUUUGGCAGGGCAACAAAGACCCAUCCACAACAAACAAGGCUUCCACAUUCAGCCGUCACCCACAUGUACAGUUCCACUGGGGAGAGCCAGAACAGGACAGGCCCAUCUACUGCCACCAUGUCCUAUCUAGCUAGUGGGCCAAACACUCAAGGUGUUGGUUGGAUGACUGUCAUAGCCCAGUAUCUGUGGCUUCAACAUGUUUUAUCUCGUCAAAUUGUUUGAGAGUAACAGAUUGAACACCCUACUCCCAUUCAAAGAAAAAAGUAUUUGGACAAUGUAAGUAGAACUGUAUUUCCAUCAGCUGUCUAUUGAAUGUGUUUAUGAAGAUUUAUAAUCAAUUUCUCAUUUUGAAUGCAGACCAAGCUCAUUUAAGUGAUUGCAAGGUCUUUUCAAUAGCCAUCUGUUUGGGAUGUUUUGGAGGAGAUUCACACACAUUUUCCCUCAAAUGUUUUCCUUCGGCAGGCAUUAGUUAACUCACUUAUGAAAGUGCUGGAAAUGUGCUACAUUUGCUGUUUGGGCACGCUUGUUAUUGUUUUACAGCUUAGCCCAAUAAUAAAUGCCAAAUUCACACAGUACACCGCAGUAUACAGUCUACUCUCGCUCACACUUUCUCUCCCCCACCCACCCCAGGCCAGAGCUUUUUUAAUCCAUUCCUGCUGAGAAAUUUCCGAUAUUUAACAUUUCCCGCUCUCUCGCUCUCCCCCAGCGUGUGAAAAGGCUGUUCAGAAGGUGUGUGCUAACUCCUCAGAGAAGAACCUUCAGCCCUUCAAGGAGAAAAUGGAGGCCUUCGUCUCGACCGGUGAGUAA